CCGCCGGGGCGCUGGGAGUGACCCUUGCCGGCCCCGAGUCCGCGUCCCGGGGUGGCGAGAGGCAGGGCCGGCUCCGCCGGUCUGUGGAGAGAAAGCGGAACAUUUUCGCACUCCUGUCUGUCGGGGCAGGAGCCGCGGAGAAGGAAUUUCGCACUUGCGGGAGCUGGAGUUGACCGGGAUGGAGCGUCCCCUCGGCGCGAGUCUGCAGUUGGCAUAAAUCUGCCUUUGAGAUUGUGUUUGUGGAACAAGCUGAUCAGCUAGAGCAACUGGCUAAGACAUGGGGGUUCAAAACAUCUGACAUAAGACAACUGAGCAAACAUGAAUUCUUCAUGCCAGGAUUGGUUGAUACACAUAUUCAUGCUUCUCAGUAUUCAUUUACUGGUACAAGAGUAGACCUGCCUCUUUUGCAGUGGUUGACUGCCUACACAUUCCCAACAGAAGCCAAAUACCGGGACAGUGGUUUUGCAGAAGAAGUGUACACCAGAGUUGUUAGACGAACUCUAAAGAAUGGCACGACUACAGCUUGCUACUUUGCAACAAUCCACACAGAUAGUUCCCUUCUUCUUGCUGAAAUUAUAGAUAAAUUUGGUCAACGAGCAUUUGUUGGAAAAGUCUGCAUGGAUGUGAAUGACAGUGUGCCAGAGUACAGAGAGAGUACUGCCGACUCUGUCCAAGACACAGAAAGGUUUGUUAGAGAACUACUGGAAAAGAAAUAUCCCAGAGUACAGCCCAUCAUAACCCCCCGCUUUGGCCCCUCCUGCACAGAGGACUUGCUGGGUGCCCUUGGGGAUUUAGCACAAACCCAUGAUCUCCACGUGCAGAGUCACAUAAGUGAGACUGAGGAAGAAAUCAAAGUUGUGGAGAACAUGUUUCCUGCCUACCAGAAUUACACCGAACUGUAUGAUAAAAACAAGCUGCUAACCAACAAGACUGUGAUGGCACAUGCCUGUCAUCUUUCUGAAGAAGAGCUGAAACUUUUUAGCCUUCGUGGAGCUGCAAUUUCACAUUGCCCCAAUUCUAACUUUUCGAUGUGCAGCGGUGUUUUAAAUGUGCAAAAGGUUCUUGAACACAAUGUGAAGCUUGGUCUUGGCACAGAUGUUGCAGGUGGAUAUUCAGCUUCUAUGCUUGAUGCUAUAAGGAAAACAAUGGUGGCAUCUAAUAGCCUUCAGAUCAAUAAAGUGAAUGAAACAGGACUAACUCUUAAAGAAGCUUUUCAGCUAGCCACUCUGGGAGGAAGCCAAGCUCUAGGACUGGAUGGUGUGAUUGGAAACUUUGAGGUGGGAAAAGAAUUUGAUGCGCUGCUAAUCAACACAAAGGCUUCAGAUAGCCCUUUUGACUUGUUCUCUGCUGACGAUUUUGAGGACGCUCUCCAGAAGUUCCUGUAUCUAGGUGAUGAUCGGAAUAUUUCUGAAGUGUAUGUGGCUGGAAAGCAAGUGGUUCCUUUUUCAAGCUCUGUAUAAAUCCAUUUUCUGUUUGCAAAAUACUCUGCUGAUCAUUCUGCAUCUGAUUUGGAAAAGAUUGAUAAAGCGCUGUGCCUGAUCGUCAGGAAUGACGCCUCACUUUUGGAUGAUGUUAAAACUUGCAUACACUGAAAAUUUUGUUAGACCUUUCAAGAAUUCCUAUACUGAAAUUUUCAUAGCUCUAGAGGGAAUGGCUAUUUAAAUUCCUUUGUAAAAAUAGCAUUUGUGCAUUGACUGGGGAUUUGAUAAAUACCUUAUUUAAAGAGGGCACCUGCUGCUCUGUUUAACAAUAGUAUAGGAAGCAUUAUGUGGUACAGUGAGAUGCAGUUUUCUAUAGGAAUUUAAAAAAAAAACACCAGUGCUUGUAAAUUGAUUUUGCAGGUAAUGAAUAUCAUGGAAGAAUGCAAUUUCUGUAAUAUUAUUAUCAAGUAUGGAAAAAUCAGUGUCCUUUUAGAGAAUGCAGUUUUCAGUUUUUCCUAUGAGCUUUAAAAAAAACUAAUUUAAAACGUUUUUUUUUUAAGAAGAGUUAAGUCAGAAGUAUGUGUUUAUAAAUAAAUAAGGGUCCUUACUUAAGAGUUUAGGAUUGUCAUUUGUAGUCAGACACUCCAUCGAAUUACUUUGAUCUGAGCGAUGGCUGAAUGAAACUUCUGUCAAAUUAGAAGCAGGCACUAAGAUAUCUCUGCAGGCUACACAAAGGCAAACAAAUUAAGAGGGUUUUCUGGAGUAGAGGGAGUGCAUCAUUUAGUUCAGCAUCCUGCAGAAUCUUCCCAAACUCAUUUGCUCCUGACUGUUCAGACAGGAUGAUAUGAUGAUGUCCCUUCUCCUUUCUGUAAGGGAAGUGAGUGCAUUUAAAAAUUUCCAGGAGAAAUGGUCUCUUUCUGGCCAUUACCACCUUUGACAUGAGGUGAAAAUCGUCACUGAAAAAAGCAGCUCAGCUUUACUGUGCUCUUUGUGUUUUUCAAUGUGGCAGCCGUAGUUCUAGCCUUGUAGAAUUCCAGGAUUCCAGGUAAAAAAAUAUGCCCUUUUUGUUUUGGAAAUCUGUGUGACUUCCUUUCCUAAAAUGGCAUAUUUCCCUGCUUUUUUUUUUUUUUUUCUUUUUUUAGAUUUGUUUGAUGAGGGGGUUUCUUCUUGUUUCUCUAUUACGUUUUUAUGUUUUUGCAACACAAAGAAUGUAUGCUUUAAUUUCAGGGUCAUUGGGGACCAAUAUUGUAUUUAGAUACUGUAAACAUGUGUUGAAUAUGGUUUUAAGGCCUAUUUCAAACUUCUUUGAUUUCACUAAGCCUUGUUUUGCACUUUUAUCUCACUGCCUGGGGAUAUAGGACUUACCUCUGUUUACAAAACAAGGGAGGUCACUGCACCAAAGUUUCACUAUGUGUCUAUUUCAAAGAGAGUGCUUGGCCAAUGCCACUCAUAAUGUUCUGACUUUAAAAGAAUUUUCAGAGCUUUUGUAUUGUUAUGAUUAUGCCUACAUGAGACAGCAUAGCGUCAAGGGGAAGCAUAACAGCUGAUCUGGGCACUUAGAGCAGUACAAUGUUCAAUGUGGUUUUCUUGCCAAAGCUGAGGGGCUGUACCAGCAGUAGGGAAUACCCAGGAUGUGCCCUGCAGACAUCACCUGGAUGCAGCCGCUCUCCGAGGGCUGGCUCAGGUACCUCCCUGCUUGCUGCGCCGUGCCGCUGCGCGCUGAGGUACAGCCUUCCUACCCCACUAUGUUCCAAGACUUCCGAGGCUUUAGGAGUCAAGACCUAAGGAUUAAGAUUUACACAUUCCAUCAGGGUGUCUUCUCAACCUUUGUGUUUUGCAUGUGUCCCAAUCACCUACACAGUAGCACACUCGUUCAGCAAGUAACAGCCUUCAGCUCUUUGACUUGCUUUCCUGAUUCAGGGACAUUUAUUCUCAUGAAUUUUGACAUUAAUUUAAUUGACCAAAUUUCACAUUUCAAAACCAAAGAACUGUGAGACACAUGUUUUAAUCCUCCCAGUUACUGUUUGAAACUAUUUUUAGGGAAUUACAUGGUUUUCAGCUUUGGCUUUCCUGUGGUGAAGAAAGAUCACACAGGCUUGUGUACAAUGUAUGCUAGUGCCCUACUUCUUUGUCUCCAGAGCUAUGAAUUAAAUCAAUGCUUUUAUUUUUGUGGUAGUCUUAACUGUCUCUGACUUAAUUGUUUUCCCAUUAUUUUGUAGUGUUUUAAAGAAAGGGAUUCAGCAUUUCUUAAAAUACUUCUGGGGGGUGAACAGGUUGCUUAUUUGCAAUAUGAGAACACACUGAAAUUUUAAUGAGUUCAGGACUACACUGGUGGCCCAAUUACAAAGGGACUCUCUAGAAUAACUGCUGCCAGUGAGCUUUGUAUCUGAAUUUUUACUGGGUCAUGAGCAGUUUGACUCUUGGUAAAUUCAGGUAGGAACUCCUCUUUUGAUUAUAGCUUUUCUAAUGUCUCGCAUCCAGACAUUACCCACACACAGCAAUGGAAAAUCAUCUUUUUAAGAAUCUCUGCCUGCAGGUAGUGCCAUGGGCUGCCUGCAGCACUCUGCAAUGCCCAAGACCAGGAGAAGUGAGGCCCAAGAUGGAUAGCAUUACAUUAAAUGCUGAGGUGUUAAGGGGUAAAGGAAAGAAGUCUGAAUUUGAUGUUUGAGGGGGCCGGUGGAGGAGUUAAUAUAAAAAAUAAACUGUAGGUCUUUUGACAGCAGCAUUUAAAUAGAUCUGAAUGGAGAAAAAUGUGCUUCCAGAAAAGCUAAGUGGGGUCAUCUAAGGCAGUCCCAGAAGCUUGUUCAGUGGAAGAUGGCUUAUGCACAAAAAUUGAAAGGUUUUAGGUCAUACAAAGAAUGCAAUAGUUAGAAUUCUCUGAAGUAAUUUAGGGAACAUUACUCACUAAGGAUCACUAAGGAUCCCACUGUAAAUCUUGGUCCUUGAGACUCUGUGCCUGUGUGUAGAUCGCCAAGAUGUUUGUUUAGGAGGGGGAGGAUCAGUGGAUAAAAGCUGAGACUUACACAUGUACAUUAUGUGCAUCUCAAGACUACAUCUAUGCUGCUUCCUUGGACAGAUGCCCCUACUGCGCACGCACUUUGAAGCAGGCCAAGUAAUGGGUUCAGAUUCUUAGUGUCUCUUGUAGAGACUGGAGCAUAUUUGGAAGGCAGCUGAGCCUCCAGUGUAGUUUUCUCCAAAAUAAGCUUAAUUCUUGUAUACCAAAACUACCCUGCAAAGGGAGAAUGAUUGGGAAUUUGGAGCAGCACUGUUGUGUCAAACCUAAAUAUUAAUAGAGGUUAGAACUUGAACUAUUCCCCAUCUGUCCUCAUCCCGUCACAGAACUUAGUAGCUGAAUACAAAUUGAAGCAACCCUCUUCUACCUUCCUCUCUUUUCCCCAACACCACCCCCAAAAAAACCCAAACAACCAAAAAAACCCCAAACCUUACAAUGAAACAACUGAACAUUAAGAGGAUAUGAGUAUGUGGAAGAAAAUAAAGGAAUAAUUUUCAGUCAGUAUAAAUUGAAAAAUAUGACAGUAUAAAUUGAUUGAUUAAAGAUAAAACCUCUGGAAAAAUGUACAUGCAACAGAUUCCAGAUGUCUCUUCCCACAAGUUUUCUUACCAGAUGGUGGAUGCGAUCUUUCUUUCUUAAUAUGUCUUUAUGUUCAAUGGUAGCACGCCAUUCAGACAAAGGGAAAAAAAGGGUAUUUGUGUAGAGCUUGCUUGUUGGGACAAUAUGCUUACUGUGUUCUAUGGUCAAAUGAGCACUUAUUUAUUAUAAAUAGAAUGCAUUUGAAUUACUGUUAUAUGUUGAUCUCAUUGUGUCACUAUAGGUUUUGAAAUACUAGUAAGAAUUGCCUAUGCAUUAUGCAGCAUUAUUUGAAUUAUUCAUGUGUGGCAAGUGAAGUUCUGCACUUUAAAAUGUUGCCUUGGCCUGAUGUUUAUAUUUUUGCUGUAUUUUUGUGUAAUCUUAAGGUUUUGUAGGGGAAAAAAAGUGUAUUUUUUCAUUGCACUGAAAUUUUCAGCAAGUUUGUUUUCUUUUAGAAAAGGGAACUUUAAAAUUACCCUUUCUAAAAUUCUGUGCCUGAUUAUACACUCAUGAAUGGGAAAAAAUGUUAUAGUUUUAUGGACUGGAAUAGUAGCAUUUAAUGUAAAAAAAAAGCGAAGAUAAACAGAAUUUUUUCAAAUAUAAUUGUGAUAAUGCAAUGCAAAUUAGCAAAAGGUAUUACUGUUGAAUAGCUACAGUUAAGUUGAGCAAAAGAGAACAUAGCUAUUCUUGAUUAUUUAUGUAAAAAGAAUACUUAAGCCCAAAUUCUUUUAGAGGAUAUCCCAGUUUUAAAAGGAAAGGCCAUUAAUGUCAUUUCUCAGAUAAGCUGUUUAAAAAUAUUAUUCUAAACAUUACCAGGAUCAACCCAUAACAGAUGAUAAGGCAGACAUCUUUGAAAGUUCUGGAUAUUCAUUAAUAAACUAUGCUGCUUAAUUUGCAGCCUGGUAUUUGUUAGGAGUCAACUCACCUGUAAAAUGAUGGUGUAAAGUCACAGAAUAAGCUGGGCUGGAUGGGAUCCUCAAGGAUCAUCGUGUCCAGCUCCUGGCCCUACAUAGCAGCAUCCCCAAGGACUGAUAAAAAUUUAAUUUCAGAAGACAUUUGAAAAUACUGGUAGCAGAAUACAAAAUACUGCAAAGUAGAAAGGAGAUCGAUCUGAGGAACUCAUAAAAAGAGGAUGACAUGUCAGUGAAAUUUUAGGUGUGAAAUGCUCAGAAAAAAAGAUGCAUUCCCAGGUAAUGAUCUAUUAGUUCAUGGAUGUCAUUCCUUCUAAAAGUCAUGGAGGUCCAAAACCUGACCAGGUUUCCAAAGCAGCUGCUUACAUGCUCAAUAAUAAAGGCCCAGAUUCCUGCUCAUGGCAUAAUUAUGUAACUCUUCACAGCUUCUAGAGGUCAGCUCCAAGAUUUAAAUCAAAAAUACCUGUAAUGGCACCAGAGGAAACAUAAUGUAAGAGCAUAUUAUAUUUUAUCUACACCUGUCCUGUGAAACAUUUAGCACUGGCCAGAACGGAGGCUGAAUUAGUCUGGUCCCUGUGAAGCAUUUCUGUUUGUGCAUGCCCCAGACAUCAUUCCCUGUCAUGUGCCUGGUGAUGCAGUGAUAACUGAGUCCAGCAGUCUGGUGUGACUGAAGUGACUGAAUACAAACUGUUUUAAAUAUCAGAUUGUUCAGAAAUGAAGUUUAUUGCUGAGACCAAAGUGCGCAUUUUAAAUCACACAAUCAUAUCUCUAGUUCUGAACAUACUAGGACUUUGGCUUAAAUCUGUGGGGUUUUUAAGCCCUUGCACUGUAUGUGCCACAACUCACACUUCUCUCAACAGAGAAACCAGCAAAUGACAUCCCCGAGGUAUGAAAAAGGGUAACAACAAAAUCAACAAAUACCAUUCUUGGAAAGCCAAAAGGACAUAGCAGCAUUAACCACAAUCUGUUGUUUGAAGUUAAUAGAACUGUUAGAUUAUGUGGAAAGGCUCAGCAAUGUUUUUGGGAGGCAGUUCCCUGGAAACUUCAGUGGAAAUUCUUUCUUAGAAAAUGCCCAGAAUCAGUCUGCUCCAACCAAAAGGUCCUUUGUAACUUCUGCAGAGACAAUCACUUCUUCAGAAGUGAAUGCAUUAGUCAUGCCUAGACCCUCACUUCUUUACCCUGUCAUGACUUGUGUAUAUUAGCUUUAAUUCUGGUGUUGCUUUGUGGUUUCUCACAGACUGAGUCUUAGUUUGAAAAUAACUAUGGUAAAGGAGUGGAGCUGGGAGACAGAUAAGGAUAAAGAGCAAUCUUACACCAGUCUGCCUAAUGCUCCAAGACAAAAUAUUUGUCCCACCAGGUGGAUGUUGUUACGUUUGCACAGCUCUUAGACUCAAUGAUUUGGCUUAAUGACUUGAGUCAAUUUGUAACAAUUAAACUCAGUCAAGGCUAGGACAUAAACUAUGAACAGCUGACAAACACAUAACAAUGUUUUACUGUGAUCUGCAUUUAAGCCAUCAGCAGCUUUCCUUGGCCAAGUGCUCCUACGCAUGUUUAGAUACAAAAACCUGGAGAUAAGCCAGCCGGAGAAGGGGCCGGUUUUGGUGACAAAUGAAGGCUGUAAACUGCACCCUAUCUGGCCUUGUGGCUUUGGGGCUGGGUUGGCUCUAACAACUUUUAGUAAUGAAGUUCUUAGAAAGCAUUAGCAUAUGCUCCUUACCUGAGUAGAUCUGUAUCCCUUGCUUCAAGACAAAUUUUCUUUCCCCAAAGGAGAGUUCACACCUUGCUGGAGUAAGUUUUUCUGAUGCUGAUUUGUCUGCUUGUCACCUGUUGUGCAUAAGCUCUGGUUCAUGUGAAAAUGCCUAACUGGAGUUAAUGUUGUUGAAUUUAUCCUUCCUUUUGUACUUGUGCAGUAUCAAGGAAGAACAAUGUAUUAGGAGAAAUGGUAUAUGCGAUUUCCACUGUUCUGCUUGGUUUUGGUCUUGCUAAAUAGGAAGUCAUGUACUGUUGAAACAAAAUAAAGAGGCCUUGUGUUUACACCAA